CACAUUCUUGCAGGUUGGCUUCGACGUCUGUGGUUGACAGCAUAUUUUGUAAUAUCAUCUUCUAAGACAUCUGUAAAUGAAGAACGUGUUGAUGUGGCACCGAACGGAGAUGUUGACAUGCGGAGUUUCAAGCACUCUUCAUUCUCUAGCAGACCACUCUGCUUAUAAAAACCAGAACAUUCAGAUGCAGCACAGGAGCAACAACUAAGCAAGCCAAAAAAAAAAACUGGAUCACAGUUUUGCGGCCUUAUUUCUACUGUCCGGGGAAGGUUUGGAUGUGUCUCAUGUCACACUGGCAAAGGAGACAGGACAGGGGUUGUCGCUCUGUGGAACACCAGGGCUGAACCACCUCAGAAUGAGUCAAGCUUCCACGCUGUGAAGGCUGACAGGUCCAGAGUCCUUAUAAAAGGCUCAAGUGUGCAGUGAUCAUAUUUGCACCUCACAACACUGACAGAAAUCUGUAUAGUGGAUUUGGCUUGUUGAGGAACAUGUGGUGUGGCUUCUGUUAUGGAGCCAAAGGAUAAAAAGCAGGAGGAAGAGCCUGUUACUUUGGGCUUGUUGACUCACCAGGCGUUAAGAAGACUCAAGGAUCAGCUCAGCGACCUAUUGGACCAACACCAGAAAACUGAAUGCAGGCGGACAUCUACUCAGGAAAACUGGGUAAAUAGUUUCCUUUACCAUGGCAACCGCCACUCCUGUCUGCACUGGCCAGGAGCUGCUCUCACUAUUUUGGUGGCACUGGGACUCUUGUCUUGUUAUGGCAGCCAGCCAAAAGGCAGUUUUGGUAUUGAGCUGGUCAAUGCGACUGCUGUCAUCGUCCUUUUGCUGGCGAAUCUGCUGCUGGUCAAACGACAAGAGCUACUCAAAAGGAGUGAGAUGGUCCGUCGUCUCAAAAGCAUCGUCAUACAGCUUAGUGAUUAUCUUUCCAGUUGGGCAGGGGAAGUGACGUGGCCUGCAUCUCUUUACCCUGAUUUGUAUACACCCUCCUCACCGUCAUGGUCUCUUCAUUGGACAUACCGCGACUCCCAGUUGGUCAAUCUGCCUGUCAGUCUGCUAGUGGAAGGAGAUGUAAUUGCUCUGAGACCUGGGCAAGAAGCAUUUGCAUCUCUCCGAGGAAUAAAGGAUGAUGAACACAUUGUAUUGGAACCCGGCGAUUUGUUCCCUCCUUAUUCUCCAUCGCCUUCUGCACUAACCAAUGAGAAAAGAGGACCCCAUAGCCCACAGCAGCAUCGUCUCUUCAGAGUUGUCAGGACUCCAGUUCUAGACACAGUAAGAAAUUGUUUGGAGUUGGCAGGGUCUCGGCCAAUCACAGUCUUAGACAACGAGCGUUUUACAGUGCAGUCAGUCAUCACCAAGCUGGUCUGUCCUGUAGUGCUGGUGGCUUUCCUGCUGGUAAACGCCGUACGAUACUUUUGUGACGCGCCCAACCUCACCCCUGCCAGCUACAAUUUCUUGCAGCUUCAGUUGAUGGGUGUGCUGCCUGUUUUACCACUGCUAUUCCCCAUCAUGUGGGUGCUGGUGAACGCCUUUGGAGAGGCCAGGGUCCUUGCCGAAUUCAGCCAUGUAUCUCCAGCAGGACUGCCCGCAAAAUUUUCAGAGGACACUCUAAGCAGCUACACUGAAGUGGUUUCCUCCAAGGAGAUGAUACUUUGUGUGUGGAGACACUUUGUUGGUGUGCUGAAGGGAGCAUCUCAGACUCUUUGCUACUCUUCCAGCCUUUUACACGCUCUUGGAUCUGUCACGGUAUUGUGCUGCGUGGACAAACAGGGUAUCCUGUCGUGGCCUAACCCUAGCCCCGAAACCGUGCUGUUCUUCAGUGGACGAGUGGAACCACCUCAUAAUAGCCAGGAAGAUCUAAUAGAUGACGUGUCAGUCAACUCCUACUGCAGAAUGGAGACAUAUGAAGACAGAGAUGAGGCCCAAGAAGCUCUACUUUGUCAACCAGCAGAGCUCACCACCCAUCUUGGGGAAACAUAUGAACCCAGUGAGAUAACUCGUUCAACAGACACACUAAGGCUUCAGCGGUCUUGCCAACCUGUAAAAACUCGCACCAAACACAACUCUGGAUCUAACGUGAGCUACAGCCGUGACAUAGAGGGAGUCGAAGACCAAUCCCAGGAAUUUGGAAUUGUCAGCCAAGAAGCGGAGGAAGAUGAUUUUGUCUGCGACUACCACCUGGAAAUGUUGAGUCUUUCUCAAGAUCAGCACAACCCUGCCAGCAUUCAGUUUGAUGAUCUCUCAUGGCAGUGUCACUUGCCUUCACUCAAGCCACUGGGCCUCAACAUCAUGCUUAACCUCUGCAACACAAACGUCACCCAGCAGCUUUGCCGCUUCUCCGAUCAUUUGUCUAACCUGGCAAUGCAAGAGAGCCACGGCAAUGUGCUGCCAGUUUGUGUUCCUUGGGGGCUCUGUGAACUCUCCAGGCUCAUAGGAUUCACUCCUGGUGCAAGGGAGCUUUUUAAACAAGAGAGCCAUUUAGCUCUUUAUCAGAUGCCAACUGGAGAAAAUGCUAAAGAUCUGCCUUCACGACGGCUGCAUUACUUCACAAAGCGUCAGCCGCCUAUCUCCCACCUUCUAUCCCUCUUUGUACGCGACUCUUCCUCUGAUAACAUCCAGAUGCUGUCUCAUGGUACAGCUGACCUGAUCUUAGAGGCCUGCACUGAUUUUUGGGAUGGAGCUGAUAUUUAUCCUCUCUUAGGCUCUGACAGAAAAAAGAUUCUGGACUUCUACCAACGUGCCUGUCUGUCGGGUUACUGCUCAGCCUUUGCCUAUAAACCCAUGCAAGUUUCAUUGUCCAACCAAUUGAAUGGAAAGUGUGUGGAGCUGGCUUCUGGACCCUGUCUAUUCUCAGGAUUGGAGCUAUCCUUCAUGACUCCCAUCAAGCACAAUUCCUGUAGGAACAGUUGGAGCUCAGAUGAAGGAAUUGGCGAUGGACUGGAACGUGAGGAUUGUGUGCAGGCCCUCAGCGGACAGAUAUUCAUGGGCAUGGUGUCAUCCCAGUUCCAGGCUCGUCUGGACACAGUCAGACUCAUUGAUGCACUGAUCACUGCUUGCAUUCGUUUUGUUUACUUUUCCAUGGAGGAUGAGCUUCGUAGUAAGGUUUUUGCAGAAAAAAUGGGCUUAGAGACAGGCUGGAACUGUCAUAUCUCACUGACUUCAAGUGGAGAUGGUUCCUGUGAAGGAGUUCUUUCUAGCCCCGGUCAUGGCUGCUUUCAUGAAGACCUGAACCAAGAUUCACGAGAUGAAGCAGAUGGUCCACUGCUGCCAGAUGAAGAAGCCCAUUCUGACCUUGCUAGCUUCCAGCCAACAGAUAGUGAUGUGCCCAGCUUUCUCGAAGACUGCAACAGGGCAAAGCUUCCCCGUGGCAUUCACCAGGUCCGACCUCAUUUGAAGAACAUUGAUAAUGUUCCUUUAUUGGUGCCACUUUUCACUGACUGCACUCCUGACACCAUGUGUGAGAUGAUAACGAUCAUGCAAGAGAACAGGGAGGUUACCUGCUGUUUGGGAAGUGCCGCUAAUUUCCGCAACAGCCGCCUGUUCCUACAAAGUGACCUAAGUAUUGCCCUGGAUCCACUUUACCCAUCUCACUGCACGCGGGAGACAUUCGGUUAUGCCACAUGCAGUCCUUUCAGCAGUAACACAGAAGAUCUGUCUCCUCUGAGACUCUCAGGGCAACUCAACAGUCUUGGCUGCUCUGUCACCUUUCACCAAGGAGAGAGUGUCAGCAUGAUUAAGCUCAUUGAACAGGCACGACACACAACGUACGGCAUUCGCAAGUGCUUCCUGUUCCUGCUUCAGUGCCAACUCAGUUUGGUCAUCAUACAGUUUUUAGCCUGUUUAGCUCAGCUCCCUCCUCCCAUGAACACCACUGACAUCCUCUGGCUUUCAUGCUUCAGCUGCCCACUGCUAAGUGUGUCACUUCUGGGAAAACCUCCAGACAGUUCAGUCAUGACAGUUGCCACUGGGAAGAACCUUGAUGCCAUUCCAAGGAAGACUCAAAACUACUUCCUUGGCUGUUUCGUUUUGAAGUUUGGCCUGACAAUCUGUGCUUAUUUGUUGGCCUUUGGCUUCACGCUCCAAGAGAUCUGUCUCAGAAGCACUAACUUAACCAUGUUUGACAACACCACUAGAAUGUGCCAGCAUAUACUCACAGCAAGCUCGAAUGACCAUGCUCCUCGUUGGUUUUUUGAACUUUCCAAUGGUUUGCUGUUGACUCAGAAGGUCAUGACGGCUUUCCUAGUCUUACAUACAGUAGUGAUCUCCCUAAGCUAUGUCCAUCGUUCCCAGCCUUUGUGGAGAAAGAGUCCCUUCAGCAACACCUGGUGGUGCCUCACUGUACCUGUGGUUCUGCUUAGCCAGAUGGUACAGGCCACAGUGGAUUACCAGGUCUGGCGUGACCAUGACAGCCUCCUGAACUUUGGACUGGGUGACAUACCUCUGCUCGGAUGGCUGCUGGUGUCUUUGUCCCUUCUGCUGGUCGUGGUGGUCAAUGAGGCAGUCAAGCUGCAUGAGAUAAGGGUGCGAGUUCGCUACCAGAAAAGACAGAAGCUGCAGUUUGAAACAAAACUCGGAAUGAAUUCUCCAUUCUGACGACGAUGAUGGCGAACUACCACUGUACUACUAAUUUACCAACAGCCAAAGAAGGGCAGCUUAACGCUAACUGACAAUACAAUCAUCCGCAGUAACAGAUACAAAAGGUCUAAUUUUUUUUAGGUUUUAUUACAAAUAUUCAAGCGAGGGUCUGUUCUCUUGCUGAUGUUUCACCUGACUACUCCAUUUUAUGACAUGCAAUGUGAAAGAUGGUUUUACUGUAAGAACAUUUUAAAGAUGUUUUGUGGUUGAAGGGAACAUGGCCACUUAGUUGUUGUCACCUUGUCUUUUAAUCUAUUCUUAUACUUUAUUUAUAGCACAUUUUUAUAAUCAAAGAAUGUAAACUGACCAGUCCAAGAUUCAGAUAAUGAAUAUAACAAUACGCAAGCAUACUGAAAAUACAAAGAGGGUGAAAUCCAAUGAUGAUUGUGUUAUUUUGUUUCUCACGAAUUGUGACACUUUGAAUUUAUUCACUUUAUUUGAUUAGGACAACGCAUAUUGAUUCAUAUGAGCAAAUAAUCACACUAAACAUGCCAGAAUUAGCUACGAUAGCUCGAUUUAAUCUGUUGUCAAAGGCAAGUGCCCUAAAAACCAACACACAUUUACGGACAACAUCAUACAUAUCGCACAUACAUUACAAGAUGACUUACAAUAAAUGUUGGCAAUAAAACAAGUCAACAUAAUAUUGAAAAGCAAAGAACUCUGUUUUUUUACUAGUACACAAGCCCAAAUAAUCUGCUAAUGUUACAAAGAUAGCCUUUUGAAAAAAAUCUUCUUUUGAAAAAACAACCUGUGUCUUGUCAUGUGGCCGUGUCUUGUAAAUAAAUAAAUAAAACAUA